AUGUCCGGCGUGGAUUCUGAUCAUCCACAGCACUUACCAACGGACAUGAUCAUCGUUCAGAUUCUUCAACAGCUUCAGCAACAGUCGCUCGUGACUAAUCAGCUCCUGCAAAACCAGCAGCAAACCCACGAACAGCAACGUGUGUUCCUCCAGCAGCAGGAUAAUAUGCUACGUAACAUACAGGUGAAUGUACCCGCGAACCCUGAAGCAGUCCUCGACUCGCUAGCAGGAAAUAUUAAAGAGUUCCGAUAUGACGUCGAAAACAACAUAACCUUCAGAGCAUGGUUUUCACGUUAUAAAGAUUUAUUCUCGAAAGACGCAGAGAGUGAUUUUACUUUCGAUGAAACAAUCAGCAAGCUCGGAAAUUUAUUUGGUACAACGGAAUCUACCGUCAGUAAGCGCUAUCGUUGCCUACAGCUUGUAAAAGGUCCCACCGAGGAUUACGUAUCGUAUGGUUGCCGAAUCAAUAAAAGCUGCGUAGAAUUCGAGUUAGGCAAAAUGACGGAAGAGCAGUUUAAAUGUUUAGUCUUUGUUUGCGGUUUGAAAGACGAGGCCGACAGCGAAAUCCGUACAAGGUUGCUCACUCGAAUCGAAGAAAGGACCGACGUCACGCUAGAACAGUUAUCAGCUGAAUGUCAACGACUUCUAACUCUUCGGCAUGAUACUGCCAUGAUCGAAAAUGCUGGAAGCUCGAUCAAUGCCAUACGGAAAAAGCACCAGUUUCAGCAACAAUCUCAAGAAAUUCCACGGAAAAAUCAGGAACAACUAUUUCGUUAUUCUCAUCAGCAGCGAUUUCCGAAGCAACGCGAUGAAAAGCGAGCAUCAUUCUACGCAGGUAACAAAGUACCACCAAGCCCUUGUUGGAAGUGCGGUGCUAUGCAUUAUACUCGCUAUUGUCAAUACCAAACUCAUCAAUGUUCGGAUUGCAAUCGCUACGGACAUAAAGAAGGCUAUUGUCGCACAGCGAAGCCGUCUUCGAAGAAAGAAAGGAGGAAAACAAACAGUGUGGAUACCAAAAUAGUAAAAGUGAACUCAAUAAACGAACGCAGAAAAUUUGUGACAGUUGAACUUAAUGGUGUAUCAGUGAAAUUACAGUUCGACACCGCAUCAGACAUUAGUGUUGUGUCACUUGAGACCUGGAACAGGCUCGGAAAACCAUUAACAAGACACCCAACGGUGUGUGCUAAAGCAGCAUCAGGUGAUCCUCUUAAACUACUGUCAGAGUUUGAUUGCAUGAUCACAGUGAACGGUUUGACCAAAAAGAGUGUUUUAUUUGUUGUGAAUCAAAACCUACAUAUUUUGGGACUGGACCUGAUCGAAUUGUUCCAGUUUGACACGGUUCCGAUGAAUACGUUUUGCCGUCAGAUUGGUGAAAAAUCAACAGUCUCAAUUGUUAAUCGUCUCAAGGCGAAAUAUCCUUCCGUGUUCAGCUCAACACUUGGCCGCUGUCUUAAGACCAAGGUGAAACUAGACCUCAAGCCGAACCAGAUACCAGUGUUUCGUCCAAAGCGACCAGUUGCAUAUUCAAUGUACCGCUCUGUCGACGAAGAGCUCGACCGUCUGGAAAGAUUAAAUAUCAUCUCACCUAUCGACUACUCGGAGUGGGCUGCUCCGAUCGUGGUCGUACGUAAGGCAAAUGGUGCUAUUAGGAUUUGUGGGGACUACUCGACCGGAUUGAACAAAGCUUUGCAACCUCAUCAGUACCCCCUUCCGCUUCCGCAAGAUAUAUUCGUGAAACUUGCUAAUUGUAAAUUCUUCAGCAUAAUUGAUAUGUCUGAUUCAUACCUGCAAUUGGAAGUAGACGAGGCGUCGAGUUUACUUUUAUCGAUCAAUACUCAUCGAGGCAUUUAUAAAGUGAAUCGUCUAGCACCCGGAGUGAAAACAGCACCUGGAGCAUUCCAGCAACUAGUGGAUACUAUGUUGGCUGGUCUCAAGCAAACUUGCGGUUACAUUGAUGAUAUCGUAGUUGGCGGAACUACUCAGGAAGAGCAUUGGAACAACCUCAACGCACUUUUUCAACGAUUACAAGAAUUUGGAUUCACAGUGCGAUUAGAAAAAUGCUCGUUUGGCUGUAAACAAAUUAAAUACUUGGGGCACUUACUGGAUCAACAUGGAAUACGUCCCGAUCCUGCUAAAAUCGAAGCGAUUAAGCAGAUGCCAGCUCCUACUGAUGUGUCCGGAGUACGUUCGUUUCUCGGAGCUAUAAACUAUUAUGGAAAAUUUGUUUCGAAUAUGCGUUCUCUUCGUUACCCCCUCGACGAACUUCUGAAGACAUCUACCUGCUUCAAAUGGACAUCCGAAUGCGAUCGUGCAUUUAAUACAUUCAAGCAAAUUCUUUCGUCUGACCUGCUUUUAACACAUUACAACCCUUCUCUGGAGAUCAUAGUCUCUGCGGAUGCGUCAUCGAUUGGCCUUGGAGCGACCAUCAGUCAUCGUUUUCCGGAUGGUUCGGUCAAGGUUGUUCAGCAUGCUUCUAGAGCGCUAGCACCCGCCGAGCGCAACUACAGCCAGAUCGAUCGAGAAGGACUUGCCAUCAUAUUUGCGAUUACAAAAUUCCAUCGCAUGCUGUUUGGUCGUAAAUUUCUGUUGCAAACAGAUCACUCACCGCUCCUACGCAUCUUUGGCUCAACCAAGGGUAUUCCAGUAUACACUGCAAGCCGUCUACAGCGCUGGGCCCUCACACUACUUAUGUACGAGUUUGAAAUAGAGUAUGUGGCUACAGACAAGUUCGGGCAUGCUGAUAUACUGUCAAGGCUAAUCAACCACCAUGUAAAGCCCGAUGAAGAUUAUGUCAUAGCAGCAAUGACACUUGAAAAUGACGUCAGGUCAGUAGUUUCCGAAUCCUUCGACGUUUUACCUCUCAGUUUCAGAACAGUACGAGACAGAACUCACAGAGAUCCGGUCCUCAGCAAGGUUUACCGAUUCAUUCAGGAGGGCUGGCCGAAAGCACUACCAGCCAACCUAGAUCGCGAGCUUCAACGUUAUUUCAAUCAACGAGAUUCUCUUACAACAGUGCAAGGGUGCAUUCUAUACAACGAUCGUCUGGUAAUACCUUCGCUGCUUCGCAAGCAAUGUCUCAACCAAAUUCAUCUAGGCCAUCCAGGAAUCGGACGGAUGAAAGCAGUGGCCCGAAGCUACGUGUUCUGGCCAUCACUGGACGUUGAAAUUGCAGAAUACGUACGAACGUGUGUGCAUUGCGCUGCAGCCGCCAAAUCACCAGCGCAUAUUCCACCAGUACCCUGGCCAAAAUCAUCGUCUCCCUGGCAGCGGGUCCAUGUUGACUAUGCCGGACCCAUCGAUGGUGAAUAUUUUCUCCUAGUCGUCGAUUCUUACUCCAAGUGGCCUGAAAUUGUACAGACACGGCGAAUCACAAGUACAGCAACGAUCAACAUUCUACGUGGCCUGUUUGCACGCCUGGGAAUGCCAGAGAAGCUAGUAUCCGACAACGGUACCCAGUUCACCAGUAUUGAGUUUAAGCAGUUUUGUGCUGAAAACGGUAUUGAUCAUGUCACUACCGCACCGUUUCACCCUCGAUCAAACGGUCAGGUUGAACGGUUCGUCGAUAUUUUCAAGCGUGCAAUUAAUAAAAUUCAAGAAGGGAGAGGAUCAAUUAACGCUGCAUUCGAUACAUUUCUGCUGACGUAUCGAAGUACACCAAAUCAAUCAGCACCAAAUGGUUUGUCACCAUCGGAAGUGAUGUUCGGUCGACGCCUAAGAACGUGUUUGGAACUUCUACGUCCUCCACCGAACUGUACGCAAGAAUCGCUCCAGCACCAGCAAGUAGCUUCACGGUCCCUGAACAAAGGAGAUGCCGUGUUCGUGAAGGUUUAUGCUAAAAAUACUUGGAAAUGGAUUCCGGGUACCGUCAUCGAGAAAGUUGGUCGAGUGAUGUACAACGUUCUGGGAGAAGGUCAUCGUCUUGUUCGGUGUCAUAUCAACCAGCUUCGGAAUCGAAGACAUUCCGCUAAUGCAUCCGGAACAAGCCUGCAGACUACGACACGACAGUUACCAUUAAGUAUCCUGCUCGAUGCCUGGGAAUUACCAACAACAACAACAACAACGAGUACUCCUCGAUCUGAAGUAACACCGAAAGCAGCUUUAACCAGUGACACUGUCAGAACCCCGUCGUUGUCACCGUCGUUCCCUGAGACUUCAGACAGUCAACAGCUAUUACCAGAUAUGUCGUCAACCGCUACAACCACAUCUACUUCUGAGACUGUUACGGCAGUUACACCAAGUGUACAUCAACCCUGGCGCUCUUCGCGAGUCCGAAGACCACCUAAGCGGUUUACACCGUAUCAACGCUACUAG